GACUCCCUGAGCUGCUCUGUUAUCGUAGUUCUGAGCAUGGCACUCCCAUUCAUGCCAUCCAACAGGUAAGAUAGAGUAUCCAUACAAUCCCUGCAUUCAGUCAACAAUAUUUGGUCAAAAGAGUGUGCAAGAUUGAAGGUUGCAUUAGUGAAUGUAAGAAUAUCUUCUGUUCAGGUAAGGGUUCUUACGUAAUGCUUGAAGAGUGUUUGUACCAAGUCUCUUGCUGUUUUUUGUACCUCACAAUUUUUGGCUUUGUAUACUGGGUGUGGAUGUUUUGUCCUACAAAGUCAAUAACCCACUUUUUUGCUAUGCAAUUAGAAUGUACUGUAUAAGGAUCCAUAUAAACUCUGAAUUCUCUCUUACUUGGGAUUAUUUUCAUAUAGGAUGUGCUGUAGCGCUAACUAGCUGGUCUUCUUCAAUGAUUGUAUACAGUAUAUGGAUGGACAAAACAAAUCGAUCACAUGACACCAUUCAUUCCUAUGUGAAGACUCAAUAGCGCAUUGAAGCCAAAGAAGUAGGUUAGGAUGGAGUCUCAUGGAGACAUAACAUGCGCAGUUUGAGCUACUCCAGGAAGUGAUGUUGCAGGCUAGGUCACUGCUUCCCCGUCUCAUAGAAUAACUUAAUUUCAAGGCCGACCGAGGUACUGCAGGCUGCCAUUAGCAACUUCUUCUGUGUGCAUUUAAAAACAAAACAUCUGUUUAAGGACAUACAUCUGGUGUAUUAGAUGCAAUUAUUGAUACCAUGAUGGUCUUCAAAACAUUUAUACAAAGAUUGACAACAAAUAUCGCCAUUUUUCCAUUAACUAUAGUGGGUGAUCCUGUUUUCUGCAACCAAUGCCUGCAGUAUCGCUGUCAGGCUUGAACUUCCUAGGCUUCAAUGAGAGGGGGCAGUUGUUCUCCCUGGUCUUCUUAUUAGUACAAAAUAAAGUACUUUGCAACCUAAUGAAUGGUGCAAUAUACAGUAAAUAAAUGCAAUUCAUAAUCAUCAUUAAUUCAUAACCAUACACUAACAUAUCUGCAGCACCAGCAGCACCACACCUCCAUAGCUCAUGAGCUCUGCAGCCCAGCAGCUCCUGCGCUCCCAGCGGGAUGUGCUCCUGGAGUGGACCCAUGUCCACCCGGCCCCCCUACUACGCUGGCUAUGUGACGCCGGGGUACUUUCCCACGCCCACUACCUGUCCCUGCUGGAGCGUUCACCCUCCAAUGCCGUUGCGCAGGCCCUGGAGACGGUGUGCGCAAGCGAGGAGAGCAGCCGCGGCUUCCUGCAGGUCCUGAGGGAGGUGUGUAUGUUGAUGAACUACAGUACUUAUAAUGCCCUGCUUAAUGUAAGUAACAUAUCAGGUUAUCUUUGUAAUUAUGUUCCUGCAUCUAACAUAAUGGUGUCCUGUGACUGUCUCUUUAUCAAUACAAGGUGCAGGACUACUACUGUGAUGAGCUGCAGGUCUGGGUGGAGAGACACUGCAGGGAGAGGACGGAAGGGACACAGGAGGCCACACCGGUUAGAGUGGAGGGUGAGCCUGGCUGCAGGGGAUUUGUAGCAUGGUCCCAUAUCUGCUUGUGCUGUCUGCCAACUCCUAUUAUCAUUGGUUGGCAGAGCACAAACAGAUCAGUGACCAGGCCAGGCGGCAGAGCAGUUGUGAUAUCUGUAAAAAAACUACUGGUGGUUGUAAUAGUGUUGUCAUUGAGGUUUAGCCAAAGGCAGGCUGCCGAUUAUGUUUGAUUCAAAAAUAGGAUAUUGGCAGUGUGAGCCAAACCUGAUGCUGAAAAACGGGCAAAUUCAUGAAUUAAUUGUGACUGAAUGCGAAGUGAAAGAGCUGAUAAAGAAGAAAUAUGUCAGAUUGACUUAUUGAACAUUAUGGGGAAAUGAUUAACAGAGUCAAUUCAGGCUUGUAGUAUUCACCUGAAGUGCAAUUCUCUGGACUGUGGCAAAUCCUCUAAUGUCUUGCCAAGGUCUUAACUACUGCAGAUUGGACUGGCAAGCGGUUUGCAUACAUGCUUGUCCUUGAACAGCGAUAGAAAAGUAAUUCAUUUAGCCUGUAUAUAGUAGUCAAUAAAAUACUCUGUCAAUGUGAUAAGACAUUCUGUCGAGUUUCCAUCUGAGAUUUACCCUGGUGUUUUACCCAAAAGGCUCAAAAUGUUCUGUUUCCAUCUACGCAGACCGGCACCCAUGUCUCACUGGGCCAUGGCUCUGGCGGACAUGCUCUGACCUUGGGCCAAUGUUAGGCCACUGGUACUUUCCAGCUUGCAUUUACAUAACAAUGGCUAACUGUGAACUUUAACUUCUUCUCACAAAGCAACUGUCUUGAUGAUGCAGAGGAUGUUGAUUCUGCUCGCCCCAAGUCUUUAGAGUCACACUCCUGAUGGAAACACAAUUACACUCGAGCUUACAUUAGCAUAAAACACUGGCGACACACUGGUGUGCGGUAAGUCUUAGGUGGAAGUGCAGAUAGUGUCAAAGACCUUUCCCUGUUAUUAUCAACAAAGUCUGGGACAACAUCUAACCUGAUGUUUUUCUAGUUUGCAUCUAUGCAUUUUUUUCUCUCUCAUCUCUAUAGAGAAGAAGCCAAAAAGCCCCAUUUCAAAACUGUUCAAAGGCAAGAGCAAAUUCACUGUGACCACUGAGGUCAAAGGUAAUGAAUUCCAUCAAUAUUAAAGAUAUUAAUCAAUUAUCACUAACAUGCUUUCUAGUGUGCCCAACUGACACAUCAGUAAUAUCACACAAUUAAAUGUAUUCAGUCCCCAGGUGGGAAAAAAUGUAUCUUUCAAAUGUAUAAUUCAAAUUGUUGUCUUGAUAAUUUAGUUGAGGAAGAGUUGAAGCCUCGGCGGAGUGUAAAAUCUUCUCAUCUCAGAGGUAGGUUGAUAACGUUAAGAGUUGGGCCAAACUGUGUAGCACUGAACUUGAAUUAAUUGUUGAAUCAAUAUUUGAUUAUAAAGACAUUAUGAUACAAAAAUUGCAGCAACAUUUCCCCUAGAUAUGACUUGAGUAUCUCAUUGUAUUGUGUUAGGUAUGUAUGUCCAUGUUGCGUGUAAUUUACUUGCCUCUCUUUUAUUGCAGUUCCCCUUUCAGCUCACAAAAAUACCCUUCUGGAACGUACGGAACGACUUACAUCUUACGCAGAAGGGGGAGGGCAGGCCUCCAACUCUGCUUCUCACAUUGAGAUCCGAUACACUGAUCUCUUCGUGACCGAGGACAACGAGUCAUUUGACAGCAGCCAGCAUGAGUACUUCACCUUGGCCAGUCGACGGGCACGCAUCUACGCCCACCAGGCCUGCCAACGCAUCUGCCCUAGCCACCUCCUGAGCCCCCAAGGCACCACAGGGCGCCCCCCGAAGCGGGUAAAGGUGAAGGGCAUCGCUGGCAUCGGCAAGAGCGUGGCAGUGCAGAGGCUGGUCUAUGAGUGGGCGCUGGGGAAGCACAUGCGUGAGUUCACCUGUGUGUUCGACCUCCGCUUCCGCGAGCUGAACCUGAUCAAAGCCCCGCUGAGCUUACUGGACCUGCUUGGAGACCGCUUCCGCUACUUUAAGACGGUUCUGCCAGAGCUUCUGGCCUCGCCAGGUUCCUUGCUCUUCAUUCUGGAUGGGCUGGACGAGUUUAAAUACCAACUGGACUGGAACGCUCCUGACAGGGACAUCAGCGUGGACUCCAAGGUGCCCGUGUCAGAGCUGAUAGUGGCAUUGAUCAAGGGGAGUCUACUCCCAGAAUCCUCUGUCAUCCUGACAUCCAGGCCUUCCACGGAGGCUCCUAAGCGGUUCUUCCAGCGUUGCUGCGUGGUCCUGGGCUUCGAGGAGGACCAGGUGAAGAAGUACACCUUCAAGUUCUACAAGGACCCCAAGGUAUCUGAGAAGGUGUACAACUACAUCCUGGACAAUGACAACCUCUUUGUGCUCUCCUUCAUCCCUCUCUAUUGCUAUAUCAUCUGCACCGCCUUGGCAGAGUUCUUCUCCAGUCAGGAAGAUGGUGACUCACGGUCUCUAGAGUUGAACCCACCUAGGACAGUCAGCGAGGUUUACUACUGCUACCUGUUUACAGCCAUCAAGCACCAUGCGCUGAAAAGGAAGGCGGAGAGGAACACCCCCAGAUCUGAGGUACUUUCUCUAGUUAGGCAGCAGCUGACAAACCUGGGGAGAUUAGCUUACGAAAACCUUCUAAAGAGUAAGAUAAUGUUCGACAUACAGGACCUGGAACGUUAUGGUCUCACGCCAGUAGAUAUACAGAGCACCUUCCUCAGUCAGAUCCUGGUGCCUCUGAAAGAGGAGAGGGUGGAGAUGUUUUCCUUCUUUCACUUGACCGUCCAGGAGCAUCUGGCCGCCCUGUACUGUGCGAUCAACCUCUCAAAGCAGGGACACAUCAUCCAGGCUCUGGACUUCUGGUGCUUUGGUGAGAUCCCCCCACCUUCCACCUCCCCAACUCCCCUACUGAGCCAAGACCUCCACCUUGACCAGACUAGGGUGGAGAACCUGCAGAUGUUCACUCGCUUCUUCAUGGGGCUUCUCCGGACCAGGCUGGGGGGGCAGUUGGAUGGGCUGGUGCUGGCCCCUCUGGAGGUGGGCAUGGAGGGGGAGGAUAUCCCCACCAGGCUGGGUAUCUGGUUCCAGAACCAGUUUAAGGGUAGGCAGCUAGCCAACCAGACGGCGCUGAACCUGCUCCACUGUCUGAUGGAGCUGCACAUGAAGGAAGUCACCAGCAGGGCGGCACCAGAGAUCCGGAGUCUGAACCUGUUCAAGAUGAAGCUGAGUGUGGUGGACUGUGCAGCGUUACACUAUGUGUUGCAGUUCUCCCCACAUAGGCUCGAGGAGCUCAACCUGGGAUACUCCAACAUUGGAAACAGAGGUCUUAGCAGGCUAGUUCCAAUAUUGCACCGCUGUGAAUCUCUUUAGUGAGUAUUCAUAGCAUUUUUCUUGUGGGACACAGCUCUGCACCACCUGUUGCAAAUGUUUGAUCAUUCACAGGGACUAGCUGAGGAGAAGUAUAGCAAUUAACUCAUUAAUGUAGGUAACUAUAAUUUGUAUUUUUUCUCAGUCUGCGGUAUAACUGUCUGGAAAGGGAGGCAGCCAUCCUGCAAUCUGCAGUGUUGAAAUCAAACGACUGUCAGGUGAAGAAGCUGUUGUAAGUGACUCUGAAAAUAACAUAAAUGCAUCUCUAACACUGUUUCAUAUGCCUCUUUCUCACACUAAACUCUUGAUUCCUCUACUUUGCACAGUAUGUGUGGUAACAAUUUGGGUCCGGAAGGGGUUCUGGAGCUGUGGAAUGCCCUGGAGCAGAACACUACACUGGAGGAACUCUACUUGGACAUCACUGGCAUCACAGAGAGAGGAACAGAGAACAUUGUCAACUGCCUCAGCAAGAACACCUCUCUGAAAACGCUGACGUAAGAGAAAGACGAGAGGGAUAUGUAUUAUAUUUUUUGAAUUAUUUAUUUUAUCUGACUUAGUAUUACCGCAUUGUUGAGGAAAAGCUUGCAAGUAAGCAUUUCACUGUACUGUUUACAUCUGCUGUAUACUGUGCACGGGACAAAUUCACUUUGAUCUGAUGUUGACAGUUUUCUCUGAAGUUACAAUGGCCGUUGACAUACUGCCAUCUAGUGUAUUUCACAGUUGUUGCUUUGAUAAUAUCCUGUCUGACCUGUUAUUAUUAUUUUCUCCUUCCCAGCAUCGUGGGAAAUGACAUUGGGGAGGUGGGGAAGAGGAGGCUGAGGGAGCUGGAGCAUCGACGGCCGGGGCUCCGGAUCAUUGGGAACUUUGUGGACGACCUAGGACUGCUAAAGGCCUACCUGGAUUGGGUAGAGGAGAUACGGGAUGACCGGGACCAGAUGGACUCAGUGAAGAACGCAGAUGCCCUACAGUCCGUCUUGAAGGGGCUGAGGGUGGGAGCAGGUGGGGAGAAUGGGGAGGGAGGGGAAGGAGAGAACACAGCCAAAGCCCUGGAAUUGGAGACCAAGAUCCUGGAGCUUUUGAACGCCCCCAUUCACCUGGCUGGAGUGAAAUGA